AUGGCGCAGCAGGACCUGUAUGAACUGCUGGGCGUCCAGAAGGAUGUUCCAGAACUGGAGAUUCGCUCGUCUUAUCGAAGACGUGCUCUCCAAGUGCACCCAGACAAGGGCGGCAGUGAGGAUCUCUUUCACGCCGUUCUGACGGCUUUCGAGGUGCUGUCCUGCAGGAGCACACGUCAAAUUUAUGAUACUGCCCGCGGGCGUGGCCUGUCACCCAAAGAUGCCCUGGCUGCUGCCACAGGACGCAGUCGCAGUCAAGACCUGGCUACGACCAAGGUGCAAGCCAGCCACCGUGCGCUGCUGCAGCUUCGGCAGCUCCUGGCGGCUCUGACGCGCGAAGCGCGCCAGGAGGCCUUGCAGCGCAUCCCGGCCGAGGUCCAGCAGGCGCUCAUGACCUUUAUGCAGCAGGAGGCUGAUGUUCUGCCACAGCGACCUAGUGAUUCUGGUGGCUCAUCAGACUUGGCAUUGACGAAUGCAAGCGGGGACACUGGAGGCGCAGGUGGACGUAUUAGCCGUGGAAUCUUACGGCAGAAUACAUCACCACCAUCUUACAAGGCCUGCGUGUUCCUUCCAAAUCUGUUCUUGAUGUCCGUGGCGAAUCCAUCCUUGGAGCUGGUGCUACAGCGGCACUCGGUGCUGCUACGCACGCGGGAACUUCUCUGCUCCAAUGUGGAUGAGCUGAGCAGCCGCAGCUUCCGCGCGGCAUUUACCAAGGCUUGUGAAGAAGCAGAACUGGAUGGUGCUGAAGAGCUUCGUGCACUAACGUUCUGCGCCAUCGUGCCAGCUUACUACGAGGCCUCCAAUCACUGA